AUGUAAUCAUAAUAAAAACAAGCAAUUCAAGAAAGACGCAGAAGAAGUGGGGCUUUGCAUGCUUAAACCUGUGAAGAAUAUUUAAAAAAAUAUGAUUAAAUUGGACAAAUUAAAAUAAGGGAAAGCUAAAGAAAAAAAAGUUUGUCAGAAUCAGCGUUUCUUAAUUUUGAUUUCAUACCAGCUGAUGAGGGAGUUGAAGAUAUCACUCAAUUGAAGAUUUUUAUCUACUCUCCAAAGUUAAAACUCAAUGAAUAAGAAUUCUUGCAAAUAUUGAAACGAAAUAGAAAUCGUUCAAUCACAACAGACAAUAUUCCCAAAAAAUCCUUUACCUUCGAUUUUGACUUCUUCUAUAGAGAGUAUGAAGUUAAUGAAUCUCAAUUUGGAUUGCAUUUCUGGAUUUAAAACAACAUCAAAAAUAAGCAUUCAUCAUUUUUUCAGUAAUCUUAUUAUAAAGUAUUUAAUGCAGCAAUUCUAUUAGAAAGAGAUGCAAUUGUUGAGUAAGAGAUCAGAACUGCUAACCCCAAUUGCAUGAUUAAGAUUUUCCCAUUAAUUGAUGAGUUGCUGAUGGAAUCAUUGUAGUCUAUCAUAGCAGAAAUAUGCCACAUUCACAUUAAAUCUUGA